ACAGUUUCAAUAUACUCAUUGUAAUUUUGUAAAACUUUUGAUUUAGGGGUUUUGGGUCCUUUAAGCAUCUUGCGGUAAAACAUGGAGUCGAUGAAUACAACCACCCUAUCCAACGCUUCGAAUAGAGACCCAGGCCACUGUGAUGCGCACUGCCGGACAAUUCUGAUAACCGUCUAUGGCGUGGUUUUGCUGGGAGGCACCGCUGGAGCUGUUACAAUGUCAUGUAUGAUGUUCAAAAGGAAUAGCCAAUCCGUGGUUGCCAUGAUAGUUCUCAACAUCCUAGUGCUGCACUCGAUCCUCCUGGUCAGCCUGCCCUUCCGCCUCAGCUAUUACGUCUUAGUCGUCUGGGAGUUUGGAACCUUUACCUGCCGAUUGGUUAGCAGCAUAAUAUAUGGUCAUAUGUACCUCACGUUUGUUUUCUAUGUGGCCAUCAUCAUACUCCGAUUGCUCAUCUAUUUUAAAAAACUCCAAAUGCAGCAGUUCCAAAAGCACCACGCGGUGGUUUUAAGCAUUAUUAUUUGGAUGGUGGGUAGCGUCAUUUUUUUGCUCAUUUUUUUUUUACAGUAUGGCAUCGACCCAAGUUACUCAGAACAGCAACGAUGCUUUGAGUUCUACAAAGACCUCAAUCGCAGGGAAUUCAUUACCUUGAACUACUCCAUGAUUGUCAUUCUGAUGACAACGGUUGUGACCCUCUUUCUGAUACAGACGGGUGUCAUCCUUCAGCUGGCAAAGGCUCUUUGGCCUGACCUGUGGGCCCACCAAGAGUACAGAGCUCAAAUCAAGAGCUUCUUCUUCCUCCUAGUAAUAGUUGUCUGUUUUGUACCCCACCAUGCCUUCCGGGUACACUUCAUUCAAAAUUAUUCACAGAGAGAAAAGUCUGAGUUAAUUCUCUACAAUGAAAUUUUUGUUGCUUUAACUACUGUCUGUUGCCUGGAUAUGCUGUGUUUUGUAGGUGGAAUUAUCCAUUAA